AUGGAUCAAUCGCCUGGGACCUGGAGCAUCCAGGCUCCAGCGCCCGAGAAGUCGAGCGAGCUGUAUAUUCGCGACCACCCGCACCGAUCGAUCGCCAUUGUCUCCUCGUCCCAUGCCCUCAUCCUGCGCUAUAGCUCGUCCUCGAGCGAGUUCGCUCCCAAUGGCUCCCACGCCUCUCUCCACUCGAACCGCGGCCGGAACGGCGCGGGUGAUUCCACGUCGGCCAAGUGCAUGGUGGAAUUCACACCCGUCACACAGAAACUCCUCAAAGACUACCGCCCCCUCUCUCACCGACCGGUAUACGGGACCUUGGGCCUCAUCGCUGUGAAUGGGGAGGUCUUCCUGUCCAUCAUCACCCAAGCCGCGAGGGUUGCAAGCGUGCGCCCAGGCGAGACGGUUGAACAGAUCGGGGGCGUGGCCUUCUACUGCCUCAGCAGCGCCGAUUACGAUGAUGUUGUUCCUCUGGACGCUGUCGAGCCUGAAAUGUCGGAUGCGGUCUCUACCUACGCCCAGAACUCGCCGUACGGGCAGAACUUGAGCAGGCGAGAUGUUCUCCCUGAGCAUCCAUGCCAUGAGCUACGAAAGCUUUUAAGCAAUGGCUCCUUCUAUUACAGCACAGACUUUGAUGUUACCAACCGUAUGCAAGACAGGCCAAUGAACUCAGACUCUUUCGAGAUUGACAACUUUGAUGAUGCGUUCCUCUGGAACUCCUACAUGAUUAAGCCCCUGGUGAAGUUUCGUUCCAGGUUAAUGUCACAAGAGCGUGAGGCGCUUGAUGCUUCGCGAAUUCUGACCUCGGCAUUCCGAGGUUUUUGUAAGACAAUGACUAUACCUCAGAGCUCGUCACCGCUCAGAGCCAAGACGGGUAUGCCUUCAUACCUGACGCUCACGUCCCGCCUUUCUUGCCGUCGAGCGGGAACACGUUUCAAUUCUCGUGGCAUAGACGACGACGGCCAUGUGGCAAACUUUGUGGAAACGGAGACAACAUUCUGGUCACCAGCCGGGGUGGCCUUUUCGUACGCGCAAAUUCGAGGCUCGGUGCCCGUCUUUUGGGAGCAAGCCGCGGACCUUAUUCCGGGCCGGCAGAAGAUAACUGUAACGAGGUCUCCGGAAGGCGCCCAGCCAGCAUUCAACAAGCACUUUGACGAGCUCGAACAUACGUACGGUGCCGUGCACGUAAUAAAUCUCCUGAGUGAAACCAAGCCUGGAGAAGUGGAGUUGAGUAAUCUCUACCGCAAUGGACUUCGACACUGUCCUUUGACCCGACCGAGCCCAGAUGGUUCGGUAGAUCACGCCUUGCUGCGAGAUACCCAGUAUGAUUUUCACGCGGAAACGAAGGGCCCCGCAGGGUAUGAGGCGGCAAAGGAUAUCAGGCGAUAUAUUGAGCACUCAACGGAUGGCUUCGCAUACUUUCUAGCUGAACAGGCCAACGACUCGUCGAAUGAUCUUGACGGUCUCUCAAAGUCCCGGAUGGUGGUCAUCCUCCAGCAAGAGGGCGUGUUCCGCACCAACUGCCUGGAUUGUCUGGAUCGUACCAAUUUGAUACAGAGCAUCAUCUCCCAGAUGGCCGUUGAAGCAUUUUUAGGACACAGGGGCGAAUAUGCGGCAGCCGAUUUCUGGAUGCGACACUCGAGCCUUUGGGCUGACAACGGAGACUCACUCUCCAAGAUUUACGCCGGGACUGGUGCAUUGAAAUCGUCAUUCACACGACAUGGGAAAAUGUCGCUCGCCGGAGCCGUUGCCGACGUGCGAAAGUCUGUGCAGCGUAUUUACCACAACAACUUCCUCGACCCGUCCCGUCAGAUCACUAUUGACAUGCUACUGGGGCGUCUUGUCGGGCAAGCUCCAGUCUAUUUAUUCGACCCCGUCAGUGACUAUGUCUCCGCGGAGCUGGGCAAGAGAAGUGAAGAGUACACAUCUUUCCGGUCUAUAAGCAUGUGGGUUGGCACCUUCAAUCUCAAUGGGCGUACAGAAGGCGCAGAUGAAGACCUCUCCCCGUGGCUGUUCCCACCAGCCAUGGGAUCAACGCAGCCAGACGUGUACGCUGUAGGGUUCCAGGAGAUCGUCGAACUUAGCCCUCAACAGAUCAUGAAUAGCGACCCGACUCGGAAGCAACUCUGGGAACAGGCUGUCAGGAACACACUUAAUCGCCGCCAGGCGGCACUGGGAGGAGAAAAGUAUGUGCUCCUGCGAAGCGAACAGCUGGUUGGAGCCGCACUUUGCGUCUUCGUAAAGACGUCGUCGCUGGGGAAAAUAAAGAACGUUGAAGGCAGCGUCAAAAAGACGGGAAUGUCUGGCAUGGCUGGCAACAAGGGAGCGGUCGCUGUUCGGUUUGACUAUGCUAAUACCCAGAUUUGCUUUGUCACGGCACAUCUUGCGGCGGGUUUCGCCAACUACGACGAAAGAAACCGAGACUACGCGACGAUCCAUCAUGGUCUACGGUUUCAGCGUAACCGAAGUAUUGAUGAUCAUGAUGCCGUUAUAUGGUUGGGAGACUUCAACUACCGCAUUGGACUCACCUCAGAAACUGCUCGUUCUCUCGUCCAAAGAGGUGAUCUCGAGACGCUUUAUGAAAAUGACCAGCUGAACUUGCAGAUGGUUGCAGGGCUGGCCUUCCCAUUCUACUCCGAGGCAAGGAUCACCUUCUUGCCGACAUACAAAUUCGAUAUUGGGACAGAUACAUAUGACACUUCGGAAAAGGCUCGUAUCCCUGCUUGGACAGACCGCAUCCUGCGCAAGGGGCCCAACCUGCGUCAGAAUCUAUACAACUGCGCACCCUUGAAGUUCUCGGACCAUCGGCCAGUGUACGCCACUUUCGAUUGCAGAGUGAGCAUCAUUGAUGAGCCGAAGCGAGAGGCCAUCAGCCAGCAACUUUAUAGCAAACGAAUUGCGGACGUGGGAGAUGCGGUUCACAUUGCAGAGGGCGACGAGACGGAGGAUGAGGAUCUCAUUGGCUACGAUGCCAUCGAGCCUGGGCUGCCGCCAGCGAGCUCCGAUCGGCAGAAGUGGUGGCUGGACAAGCAACAGCCAGCCCGCGCCCAAGUAACUGCUCCCGAGGGAAGAGACGGCCAGCCAAUGGUUCUCAAUCCUCACCGUCCUUCAAACCCAUUCGGUCACAAUGAAGAGCAAGAUUGGAUAUCAAUAUCCCGCUCCUCAUCCAGGGCAUCACUGACGAGCCUGUCAAGUUCACCAUUUGAGAAGGUGAUGGUGCCCAGCAUGAUCAAUAGUUCCGCAUCCAGCAUCGCACCAAGGAAGGUUCCUCCCGUCGGCAGCUACGAGAAUGGCAGCCUGGCCGCGAAAGUGGGACGGAUGAACUUGGCCAGUGAUCAAGACGUGCGGGCCGGGGGUGUUCCUCCACAACUACCGCCUCGGAGGCAGACGGGAGACUUGACUCCGGACUCACCAUCCGUCCUCAACGCAGCAGGAGGUCCUAGAUCAGGAUCAGGAAUGCCGGCAGGUCUCCAGGCGCCUCUGCGACCCACCUCGGCCGCGUCUUCAUUCUCAUCGACGCAAGGGAAUUAUGCAUCAACACAACCUACCGGGGGCAAACAGCCGCCGCCCGUGGCUAAGAAACCGGCCUACCUCACCAGCCCCGUGCUCUCAGACCCCUCAUCUAACGGGGCCGCCGGUGCGAACAACGGGUUCGCCGCACCCUUACAAAAGUCACGAACGAUGCCGGUAGCUGCGUCUGGCAGAAAACAGGGCCCAGUAUUGCCUCCGGGCCGGGGGAGUGGAUCGAUGGCCGGGCCGUCCCAGAAGAACCCCGGGCAACAUCAACAACAAGGCCCCAUGGAUUUACUCGACGAUCCCAGUCAAGAUCUCUUGGGCGGAUGGGAAGCAUUGCAGCCAACCUCUGGCACGGGGCGGUAG